AUGGCUUCAGGAUCCAAAUCAGUAGCCUCAAUCCUAUUGGCACUGAAUCUUGUGUUGUACUUCAUUGUGCUUGUGAUUGCUUCUUGGGCAGUCAAUCAUGGGAUUCAAAGGUCUGGUGAAGCAGCAUCUGUUUUGUCCAUUCCGGCACGCAUAUUUCCGAUAUAUUUUCCAAUGGGAAACAUGACAACUGGUUUCUUCGUGAUCUUGUCUCUCAUUGCUGGUGUGGUGGGGUUCACCACCUCCCUCACUGGACUGCAUAACAUUUUCCAGUGGGAUGCUCCCAACAUACAUGCAGCAGCCAUGUCUUCACUCACUACAUGGGCUCUCACUCUACUAGCCAUGGGAUUUGCAUGCAAAGAGAUUGAACUUGGCUGGACGGACUCAAACCUGCGCACCUUAGAAACAAUCACGAUAAUUGUAAGCGCAACUCAACUGCUAUGCACGGGAGUCAUCCAUGUUGCCUCUUCAGAAGUUAUUCCUCCCAGAAUCGGAAGAGUAUGA